UCUCUAAAAUAUAAUAUUUUCCCAAUUUCCAUAAUUACCCCGAAGAACGAAUUGUACAUGACGAACCUAACCGUUGCCGUAAAAUCCGAGAAAAAUUAAAAUUAAAAUAGUAACAAAAAUACCAACAAGACAACACUUUCCUCCAACCUCGAAAGGCCCGCUCGAAGCUCUCUUCGAACUUCGAACUCAUCUCAAUCCUUCGAAACCCAGAUCAACAACAACGAAAUUAUGCGUUCAGAUUUUUGUCCCAAAUAAAAAAAAAAAUCUCCAUUUUUUUUACUCUUUUGUUUGGUUCAAUUUUUUUAUGGCCUCUUUCGUGGAAAUCGAUCGGUACAAUCUAAUUCCACUAUCAGUAACUUCUCUUUGCGGUUGCCCAUGUCGUUUCUUAUCCAACCAAACCCUAACUUUCACUCGAAGAACCCCUAAACUGAAUCUUAACUUAGUCUUUCAUGGAUCCGAAUCCGUCCUCCUAGUUCGUCCUACGCGUUACAUCAAUCGGCGGAUUAUUACGGCCGUGGCUCGUGCUGAACCGGAAAGUGUCGACGAAAGCAAUGCCAAGGAGGAAGUUGACAAAGGCCAUAUGUUACCAACGGUGAAGGAUUCUCCUUCUAAGCACCAACAUAAAUCAAGUCAGUUGAGGAAAAGGAUUGUUUUUGGACUUGGUAUUGGAAUCUCUGUUGGAGGUGCUGUAUUAGCUGGGGGAUGGGUUUUCACUGUGGCUAUGGCUGCUACUGUUUUCCUCGGUGCACGCGAGUAUUUUGAAUUGGUUAGGAGCCGUGGAAUCACUGCAGGAAUGACACCUCCUCCACGAUAUGUCUCACGAGUUUGCUCUGUUAUAUGUGCUCUCAUGCCCAUUCUCACAUUGUACUUUGGCAAUAUUGAUGUUUCGGUGACAUCCGCUGCAUUUGUUGUUGCUAUUGCAUUGCUCUUGCAAAGAGGAAACCCUCGUUUUGCUCAGCUUAGCAGUACCAUGUUUGGGCUAUUUUAUUGUGGCUACCUCCCAUGUUUCUGGGUUAAGCUCAGAUGUGGUUUAGCAGCUCCUGCCUUGAAUACUAGGAUAGGAGCUGGAUGGCCAUUUCUUCUUGGUGGCCAAGCUCAUUGGACAGUAGGCCUUGUGGCAACCUUGAUUUCUUUCAGCUGCAUAAUUGCAGCAGAUACAUAUGCUUUUUUAGGUGGAAAGGCCAUUGGGAGGACACCACUUACUAAUAUAAGUCCAAAGAAGACGUGGGAAGGAGCUAUUGUUGGCUUGGGUGGUUGUGUAGCAACUUCUGUUGUAUUGUCAAAGAUUUUUAGCUGGCCAUCAUCUUGGCUAAGUGCAAUAGCCUUUGGAUUUCUGAACUUCUUUGGGUCUGUUUUUGGUGAUCUUACUGAAUCAAUGAUCAAGCGAGAUGCCGGUGUUAAAGACUCUGGCACCCUUAUACCCGGGCAUGGCGGAAUACUUGACAGAGUGGAUAGUUACAUUUUCACAGGUGCUCUUGCUUACUCUUUCGUCAAAAUCUUAUUGCCGCUCUACGGCGUUUGAUAUGUAAACAAUAGCAAUAGAGGAUACCAGAUAGAAAUUCGUCUGGGUUUUUUCAAUAUUGAAAUGGAGUUGACAAGCACAUUUGAUUUGAUGGAUAUAACGCAAGAGAGGAAGCAAAGGUUGUUUUUUGCAACUCUUCGAUUGUCAAGUCGAGGAAAAACAUUUUUUCUAGAUAAAUGUAAUACUACACCGGCCAUUUAGAUUUCACAGACAAAGGGGUUUUUGCUUUUAACUUAAAAUCAUUUCCAACCCCACGUAUUACUAUAAUUAGAUAAAUAAAACACAGUAAGUCAAAUUUGUGUUUUUAAUGGACCUUCAACGAGGGCCCAACAAAGCUUUGAUUUUGAUAUUUAGUCCCACCUUUUUGGGUUGGAUUGGGGACCUAAUGGCGUAAUAAUAA